AUGGUUCAGCCAAACCAUUCAAAAUUCAUCUUUGCCAUCGUUCCUAAUUUUAUGGUCAUUGUAGCAGCACUUAAUAACUGUUUUCAUGUACCCAUGCUGAAAAGAGCAAGAAGUUAUGCUGAAGAACACAGCGACUGUACUGAACUCACAGAUCCGGAUGUCGACUUUCCAAUCGAAGCAUGCACUGAACAUGACGCUGAAGACAUCAUUCGUCUCCGAUUUCGAUCUGCACAUAAAUCAUGCACCUAUCAUACAUACAUUCAAUUUGACUCAACAGAAGUUAUCGCAUGGUAUUGUACGUGCAUACCAGGUCUGCAAACAGUCGGAUGUUGCUCACAUAUUGCAGCAGCUAUUUGGUUUCUAGGUUAUGAACGCUAUCAAAGUACUAUAAACCGACAACCAUCAUCAACUAAUACCACAAACAUCCAGUAUGCAGACGAUAUUUCAGAUUUUGAACCGUCUUCGGAUGACGAAGAUAAUAGCUAUAUCUAUACAUCAGAAUGA